CCUGCUGGACCGAACCGCGGAUGUAGCUAUUAAAACGUUUCCGUAAAAUACCCUUAAAGUCUGUAUAAAAUGUCCUGGUUCGUUUUAGUGAUCCAUUCCUUCCUCAAAGCUCCACUCCGGGCCGGAAACGGACCGCUUCCGGCCGGGUUAAAGCCUCUAGAAGCUCCGCAUCAUGCAGCUAAUUUAAAGCUGUAACCAUGGUUACUGGCUGAUGACUGAUUUCAUGAUGAAGAGUUUGUUCAGGAGGACUGAAUCUGACCAGAACCAGAACCAGAACCACAGAUAAGACUUUACACCAACACUCAGCUCUACUCAGGCGCUGAGCGACGCCUCGGGCCGGCGGUGCAGUGCCUGAUGGGAAACCGGACGGUCAGAGUGGGUUUGGAUGCCGAUGAGCCGCCGCUUUGACAUUUGGCAGAAUCAGAAGUGAAAACAGUUUUUGUCACUGAAAGGUCGCCGGUGCAAUUUACUGGGUCAGGGAAGGUUUGUCACCUCCAGCUGCUGAACUUGAUCUGAACCGGAAAGUUUCAGCCUCGACCCGAUCCGUCCUCAGAACCCAGAGUUCAUUCAGACUCUGCUGCUGCUGUUCAGCUUUUCUGGUUUUCAUGUUUUAUUUUCUCCUUUUUGUGAUUUUAUUCUGUUUUUUUUUUUUUAUCUCUGUUUCCUGCUGCUGUUGAACUCUCCUGAUCCCAGUUUCUUGUUUACCUUCUGCAGCUUUUAUUUUGAAAAGGUCAACUCAAAAACAUCCAAUCAGUGUUUUUUCUUUGACUGUUUUCCUGUCAGUCAGUGUGAAACCCGGAUCAUUCCUGAUUUUUAUUUUUCUGCAGAACUCUCUGAAGUCCAGAUUGUAUUUAUGUGAUUGUCCCUGAAAGCCGCGUCUGGGCGUCCAACGUGUCCGAGACGUGAGGACUGCAUCCAAACCCAAACCGUCUCCUGUCUCAACGCUGCGCAGUUUCACAUUUCAAAACUACAUUUGCUUAAUAGAAACAUGGCAAUAAAAAAACAACUUGAUUUUUGAUAAAACUCUUGCUGCUAGGAUUUUUUUUGGUUGCAUAGAAAUUAAUUAGUUUCUACUGACAGAAACCACGAAGAAGACGACAGGAAGUGGCAGCAGGAUGAUGGCGCAGCGUUUUAGAGACUGAUUGUGUGAACAAACUUAGGAUUUUUUUUACCUUUGUUAUUUAAUGGAAACACUGACAUUGUGAAAGUUUUCAACAUUAGUGUAAUAUUGACAAAGUUUUACACACGUUUGUAAAGACAGAUUAAGGUUUGGAUUACAGUGACCUUCCUGAAAUCACAACAGAUGAGCAGCUUCUCCUCCAGAUCAGAUUUACCCUCCGUCCUACAUCACCUGGUUCUCAGGGUUCUGUUUCCAGGUCUGCUGUGAUUGUUGAAAUCUGCAGGUUUCCAGCCGUGAACCCGUCCAGAACCUCCGGGUGUCUAAAAGCAGCCGGGCAGCGGCUGGGAUCCUUUGACCUGAUGCUCCCAACCUCAAACCACGACUCCCAGCUAAACAUAGAGGAGCAGAGCGGCUGCGUAAGGAGGGAAGGCGUGACGGAGAAAACCACAUUUACUCUUUUCUUCUCCCAGCCUGACAGCAGGAGGCCGUUAUUUAACAGAGUCGACUCAAAGCCAGCAGCGCCGCUAAUCAGCCCAAAUAAAGGUUGAGCGGCGCAGGAAUACCAGCGUGAGGCCGCUGGCAGCAUGGCGGCUCCACGGCUGCAGCUCAGUGACGCUCAGACCUGCAAGAAAGUGACAGGAAGCCGACCGCAGGAACCAGAACCAGAACCAGCGCUGCUCCUCCUGGAGGGGGCGCCGUGUGGGUGGCAGCCAGCAGAUAGUGACUAACUCCAUCCAGCAUGGCGGCUCCUGCUGCGAAGCAGCCAUGAUGCUGAUGACCUCUGUGUGAUGUCAUCAGGAGGUGUUGGCCCGGUUUAUAAAGCUCCCCGGUCCAGGACCGCACCAACCCUCACAGAACCAGAGACCCGGGACAACAGACGGGUUCUGGUCCAAAGGACGACUCUUAAUCCCAACAGAACCUCCAGAACCAUGUUGUUCUCCAGCAGCCUCCUGCAGCGGUGGUUCUUCGCGGUCUUCCUGCUCUGCUCCCCGGUUCCGUUCGCGGGCCGACCCGUCGACACCCUGAGCGGCAGAAUGAGGCGCUCUGUGACCCACACUCAGCUCAUGCACGACAAAAGCCGGAUGCUGCAGGACUUCCGGCGGCGCAUGUUCCUGCAGGGCAUCCUGGACGCGGUCCACACGGCCGAGAUCCUCCCGGUCCGCGGCGCCGGAGCCGGGGGCAGCAGCGGCGCCGGAGCCGGGCCGUCCGGACCGGGCCUGGGGGUCAACCCGAGCACCACAGGCAGCACCCUACAGUCCAAGCCGCCCGGAGGAACCAAGAACCUCCCUGCCAUGUUCCAGGAGGAAGAGGAGGAGGAGGGCACCCACCUGCCGCAGGAGACCAACAAGUCCUACAAGGAAAAGGUUCCCAGCAAGAGGAAGCGGAAGGGGAAGUCCGGCCGCCGGAAGGAAGCGGAGAAGAGGAAGAGGACGGUCCGCGCCAUCCGGCGAAGGCCAAGGGAGGAGGCGGGCAGCGGGCUCCACCUGGAGUGGAGGCCACUGCUGGGCCUGCAGGGGGCGCUGCAGUGAGACGCCAUCAGCCUCUG